AUGGUGUCUCUUGGAUCCCCUAUUGAUCAAGUCGCUCGAGCAGUCACCCGACUUCCUCGUCUAAUCGUCUAUUUUCAAACAACACACGACGCCAGCGGAAUGCCCAUCUCCAUGCUUCCACUGGUCACUGAAAAAGGCAUUGCGCUCACUCACCUCAUUGUGUGCUCGCUACAUGUCAACGAAAAUGGCCAAAUCCAUCUGAACGACUACCAGCCCGACGACCCCAGGUUCUACACGCUCUGGAACGAGACCGAAGUCAUGAAGAAUGCUGGUGUCAAGGUCAUGGGCAUGGUCGGCGGCGCGGCCCCAGGUUCAUUCACCUCGGGCACACUUGACGGCGACGAGGCCACUUUCGACAAGUAUUACCGUCAGCUGCGCCGUGUAAUUCGUAACUUCAAGCUGCAGGGCUUAGACAUUGACGUUGAACAACCCAUGAGCCAGGCCGGUAUUGACCGCCUCGUGGACAGGCUUCGGUCUGACUUUGGACGCGGCUUUACUGUCACACUGACGCCAGUGGCUUCUGCUCUUUCAGACGGAGGAAACCUCAGCGGCUUCGAUUACAAGCUUCUCGACGCGCGCAAAAGGUCCAAGAUCGACUUCUACAACGGUCAGUUCUAUAGCGGCUUCGGCGACAUGUCGACAACCGCCGACUACGACAGGAUCGUAUCAAACGGAUUCUCCCCGUCUCGCCUGGUCGCCGGACAGCUCACUUCCCCGCGCAAUGGUUUUGGAUACAUCCCGUAUCAGCAGCUCAAUGCGACGGUCAUUUCUCUGAGGAGCAAAUACAAAGAGAUUGGAGGCGUCAUGGGCUGGGAAUACUUCAAUAGUGCCCCUGGCGCCACCGAGGAACCCUGGAAAUGGGCGCAAAUCAUGACGCAAAUCCUAAGGCCUAAUUCUGUUCCUAGUCUCACCAUCUCUAGGGACAUUGCGCAGAAACUGGCCACGGCAUUUAGUGACAGUACCAAGUCCCAUCGUUUGUGGACAAAUGGGACUGGUGGUGCUUUGGGUACUGACUACCACGCCAUGAUCAAUGUAUAA